AUGGCUGAGCAACAUUGGAACAAUUGGAAUGGCACCCGUUCUGGUAGGUCAUAGGCGAAUUGCGGGAGAUAGAUAUUGUUUUAGAACAUGCGGUCAGCAACCCGAUUAUGGUGCAAGGUGGUGGUCCUCAAGGGUCUCAUCUAAUGUCUCCCCGGUCAGUAGGCGAACAGUCGGUAGUAUACCAUCAAAUGGUUGAGAAUGUACUCAGCUCAUCUCCAGGGAGUAUAAACAACAGAGAUAUGAAAUUUGUAAGUUACUUUUUAUAUUAUUUGUUUAAAUUUUAGUUCCGUGGACAUAAGCCAUCCGAAAAAACGACAACAAAGCCAAUAAAGGUCAAUAAUAACGAUAAUUCAAGGUAAUUGCGUUCCCGCAAGAUAAUAGUUGUGUUUAGUGAGCAGGCGACUCCAGUAGAAGGAUCUCCAGUGGAAGAUGGAAUUCUGGAAGAUCGGGCUCAGAAAUCGGGCCCUGUUCCAAUUCCGUUUACUGGUGGGGAAGUUCAAACACUUCCUGGGGCAACUCCUGAAUUCAACCAAGUAAGUGUAAGAACGAACAUAAAUUUUUAAAAGUGGCUAUAGGUAUUUUUACCUAAUUUUAAUUUUAGUUUCCGUUGAUGUAUGCCGGGCAAAACCCAGUUCAAUAUAUUGCUGGAAACGGAGCUCCUUUUGGUACCCCUCCGUCAAACUAUGGUUAUGGCUCAUGGAGUGCAGUUUAUCCUCCACAAAAUGGAGGUAAUUCAACAUUUGGUGUCUUUACUUCUUUUUAGGUAUACCUAGAGGAACACCACCAACUUCUCAGCUGUUUUCUUCAUCUCCGCCAAUGCCUCCUAGUAUGUACCCUGUUGGGUAUCAGCCGGCGCCCCCAAGGGGAAUUCAGGGGAUAUCCAAUGCGAUGUCUCAGAUCAGCAUUGGGACAACAGCUGGCAGGCCACGUCGAGACUCGUUCACAACUUCUCAAUCUAGGCAGUUUCCACAUCAAGUUCCCCAAAGUGGAUAUUACAUGGUUGCAACAGCCGCCGGCUCACCUCCCGUGUCGAUGGGAUCAUCACCUAACCAUGUUAUAUGUAAGCUGACUGUGGAUGAGAUAUUUUGCUUCAGGGAUUGCUUUUAAAUUAAUUGUUUAUAGAUAAUGGAAUGUAUCCUAAUGCUUCGAUGAACGGGUCCGCGGUCCAUGGACCCCCAAAUGUUGUAUAUCCCCACAUACCUCCGCCUCAGAAUCGUCAAGUGUUUAAUGGGCCCCCAGGCGCGGCUCAGCCCAUGCCUUACCCGAACAAUGCUCAAGGGGCCCCUCCGCGGCGAAAUGGGAAUAUGCCACCGGCAAGUAUUAAUCGUCCACAACAUGUCCACGUGAUUGCUGAGGCCGACAAACCUGUUGUUACACAUUCUCAAAUGUUAGAAGAGUUCAGAAACAGUCGCCUUCCACAUCUUCAGUUGAGUGAUUUGGGGUCUCAUGUAGUCGAGUUUGCUCAAGAUCAACAUGGAUCAAGAUUUAUUCAACAGAAGCUGGAAAGGGCCAGUUUGAGGGAAAAGCAGAUCAUCUUCGACGAAGUGAUAGCGAAUGCCAGUAUUCUGAUGACUGAUGUUUUUGGAAAUUAUGUCAUCCAAAAAUUCUUUGAACACGGUACUCAAGAACAGAAAACCCAAUUGACUGAAGCAAUCAAGGGUAAUGUCAUGUCUCUGGCACUUCAGAUGUAUGGAUGCCGGGUGAUCCAAAAAGCACUUGAAUCGAUCGAGUCGGAUCAGCAACUGUUAUUGCUCAAGGAAAUGGAGGGACAAGUCAGUAUACUACUUACUUCAAUUUAUUUUUAUUUUUAGGUAUUAAAAUGUGUAAAAGAUCAAAAUGGAAAUCAUGUAGUGCAAAAGGUCAUUGAGAAAGUUGAGCCGGCAAGAUUACAAUUCAUAAUUGAUGCCUUUACCAAUUCUGGACCUGGAACGGUAAGCUUUCAUUCUCAAAUGUUUUUUAAAUACGUUUUUAUUGGUUUAGAUAAAGAUGCUUUCGACCCAUCCUUACGGGUGUCGUGUUAUCCAAAGAGUUUUGGAACACUGCACAGAAGAACAGAAACGUCCAGUUCUGGAACAAUUGCAUAAAAAUAUCAACGAGCUUAUUAUCGACCAAUAUGGAAACUAUGUAGUUCAACAUGUAAUUGAACACGGAUCAGAUGCGGAUCGGGACAGAAUAGUGGGCCAAAUAAAGGGAGAUGUCUUGAAGUUCGCCAAGCACAAGUUCUCCUCCAAUGUUAUCGAAAAGUGUCUCUUUUGUGGAAAUAAUAAUCACAAAACGGCUUUGAUCACGGAAGUUUGUGGAGAGUAAGCAUCAGUAUUUUUAUGUCAGAUUUGUGUGGAUGCGAAAUAUUGUUUUGUUUUAGUGGAAGUGUUCCUACGCCAUUAUUGGAUAUGAUGAAGGAUCAGUUUGCGAAUUAUGUAGUUCAAAAGAUGCUGGAUGUCGCCGACAGUUCCAACCGGAAGAAGAUUAUGCUCGCUAUCAAGCCACACAUACCCACAUUGAGAAAAUACAGCUAUGGGAAACACAUUAUCAGUAAGUAGCGGGACGGUAGAAACUUAUCCUGGUUCGUAGAUCAGAUUUCUUUGACCAUAUGGGAGUCUGAAAUGAGAGUAAACUAGAUUCGGAAUGUAACACUUGCAUUAAAAUGCUUGUUUAGCAAAAUUGGAAAAGUAUUUCCAAAAACAGAACGGAGUCAGCCCAUUCGUGCAGCCCGUGGAUUAUGUGCCGAACAACGAUUUCGUCCAGUCGAAUCAGCCCCCCGUCCUCUACUAG